AUGGAUAAUUUGACCAUGAAAGGGUUUCUUCUCCUGGGAUUUUCAGCCAAACCCGAGCAAGAAAUCGUCUAUGCUUCUCUGUUCUUGGUCUUAUACGUGUUGGCUUUGACUGGCAACAUGCUCAUCCUCACCACAACUUCCCUGGAUGACAGUCUCCAGUCCCCCAUGUAUUUCUUCCUGAAGCAUCUCUCCUUGCUGGAUCUCUGCUAUAUUUCCGUGACUGUGCCAAGAUUCAUUUACAACUCUUUCUCGCAUAGAGGAAAUAUUUCCUUCUGGGAAUGCAUUUUUCAGUGCUUUUUUUUCAUCCUCUGUGGCUGUGCUGAGAUGGCCAUGCUCACGUUGAUGUCCUAUGACCGUUACGUGGCCAUCUGCCUGCCCCUGCGCUAUGACGUCAUCAUGGACAUCAGAACCUGUGUCCAUGGAGUCGUGGGCGUCUGGGUCAGUGGGGCCAUCUCUGCAGCCAUGCACACGGCAACGACUUUCUCCAUCCACUUCUGUGGCCCCCGCAUCAUUCACCAGUUCUUCUGUGAUAUCCCCCAGAUUACGAAACUUGCAUGCUCUAAUGAGUUCAUGAGUGAGGUAGGUGUCACUCUCUUUACAGCUUUCCUGGACCUUCUUUGUUUCCUUUUUAUUGGGUUCUCCUACCUGCACAUUUUUUCUUUUGUUCUGAGGAUGCCAUCUGCGGAGGGCAGAGCCAAGGCCUUUUCCACUUGCCUCCCCCACCUCGUUGUCGUCAUAUUGUUCCUUUCUACUGGUGCCUUCGAGUAUUUCAAGCCUCAUUCUGAAUCUCCAACUGCUCUGGACAUGUUUCUCACUAUUAUGUAUACGGUCGUUCCCCCAACAUUCAAUCCCGUCAUCUAUAGCCUAAGAAACAAAGCCAUAAAGUUAGCUCUGAGAAAGGUUUUACGAAGAAAUGAUAUACUUACUUCUGCUCGUUCACUAUUGGGAGAGAAGUUCCGUGUAUAA